AUGGGUGAUCCGUGCGGGCACAAGAAUACCAUGUUCGUUGACGCUGUGCAGCGUGGCCGUGAUCGUUUCGACUCGGCAGCUCUUGCCGGCCUGAAUGCUGUGUUCUGUCGCCAAGCCUUCGACUCGAUUGGUGGCAUUCAGUACGGUACUCAGUCUGAGGAUGCGUUUACGGGAACGUGGUCCACACUUCUGGUUGGGACUCGGUUAGCUGCUGCUAUGGGCCAGAAGAAGCGUUGGGCAAAGGGUGGUGUGCGGAUUCUGCUGAUGCAAAAUGAGCGCGACGUCGACCCGGACUGGCGUCCUCCGCGCGUGCCUGCCCCAGGCCUGAAGCCAUCUCUUGCGUUCCCGCGCAAGAUGAUUUUGUACGACUCGGUGCUGUACCCGUUUCUGGUUCGACUCCUGCCCUGCGUUACGUCGCGAUCGCCGUCUACUACUUGUGGACAUGUGACGCGCCGAUAUACGCUCGUGGAAAGAAGAUCCUCAGGCAUGGCUUUCGUUCUCGUUCAUUACGAUGAUGGCAGUUUUGAGGCCAUCCAGGCGCGUGUGACGGGUAAGGACAAGUCAAGGGCAAGCACGGGUGCUGGUCAGAAGACGCCGUGGACAGAAAUACCGGAUGUGCUUUUCUUCUUCACGCUGCUGUUUAGUCAGCUCGUGGCACUCGUUCGUUUCUUCGAGCACGACUACGCGACGAAUCUGUGGAACUACGUGUCUGCCAUGUUCUGUGGCUUUUUCGUCAUGAGCCAGUACUACCCCAUGGUCAAGAUGAGUAUUCCCGAGUACUGCGGCUGGGGCCAUACUGCUGCCACCUUUACGGCGAAUGUGUUUGGCUCGUUGCUCGUGGUCUACAGUGUAGUCUUCGUGCAGCUAUGGUAA